UCUGGGGCUUGGCUUCGUUAGAUUUGAGUUCUGUGGUCUUUCUGAUUUUCAACAGCUGGCUUAUAAUUACUUCAUCGUCGGAAAUUAUUCUGUUAGUUCUAAGUGGAAGAGUUAUAUUUGGGACUCAAGAAUCGCUCGAAGUGACUAGCGUCUAUUUGAAAACCUAGUAUUUGUUAAUUCUCAGUUACACACCAUAUUAGAUUACAGUAAUUUUGAUUCCAACCGUCUGCUGUAUGCUUGUAAAAUUUUACGCCCAAAUUUGAAGAGCGUGAUCCUUGAAAAUUACCUUAAUUUCCUUUCCUCCUCCACUAAGUGUUCAUAAUAUUAUUGUGUGGUUUCAAGAAAUUAAUGAUAAUAUAUUAAAAUUUAACUUUUUCCGGGCAUCUCUCAACAGUCAAAUUACUGCGCUCGCCUUAAGUUUUUCUCGGACAACCAGAGGCGGUGUUUCCAUGAUUGGUAUUGGACGUUAAUCUGAAGGCGGCAGUCCCUGUCUCAUGGUAUAGUGAUUGAAAUCUUGUGCAUGAAGAUGGCCAAGAGUGGUAGGUACUCUGAAGGUUAUUGUGGCAAUGCAGUAGCGCCAGCUGGUGAAUCAGAGGGGUCUGGUAGCUCAGGACAAAUUGACACUGAAAUAACUGUUUCAGAGGACUCAAGCGUUCCAACGAGGAAAUGUAUUAGUUUGAAUUCAAGCCACCGUGACACCUUUGGUGUUCCCAUGCAAGUUCUCCCCUUAUCAAAACUAUCACCAUUUGAAAGAAAAGAUUUGGUACAUAGGUUGAGAUCAGAGCUCGAACAGAUUCGUGCGCUCCAGAAAAAAGUCGAAGUACAAAGAACAAAUGCUAUUGCAUUGUCAUCCUCUAGUGAUAUUCUUAGUUGUAACAACGGACAAAAUGGUCCCAGAAUAGUGAACAAUAAAAAAUCAUCCAUGUCCAAUUCUGUACCAGGGAAGAAAUUGAAUCCGACUGGUAACAAGUCACGAGGAUGGAACCGGGGAUCUUCAGGUAAGUUUGAGUCUGCAACACAGACUUGUUCGCCAAAUACUGCGAAUGCUAUGUUGCUGAAACAGUGUGAGGCAUUGUUGAAACGUUUGAUGAAUCAUCAAUAUGCUUGGGUUUUCAACACCCCUGUAGAUGUUGUGAAGUUGAAUCUUCCAGAUUAUUUUACCAUAAUUAAGCAUCCUAUGGAUUUGGGAACAAUAAAAGGCAAGAUAACAUCAGGAGCUUACUCAAGUCCAUUGGAAUUUGUUGCCGAUGUGAGGAUUACGUUUUCAAAUGCAAUGGCUUAUAAUCCUCCUGGAAAUGAUGUCCAUACCAUGGCUGACACUCUUAGUAAAUAUUUUGAAGUGAGAUGGAAAGCAAUUGAGAAGAAACUGCCAAGAGCUGAUCCUCUUCCAUUGCCAGAAAAACCAGACGCUCAUGGAGCAGUGGAAACUGCUAGACCAAUGCCUCCAUCAAAAAAGAGGAAAAUCACUUCGUUGCCCCCUAGUUCGGAAGCGAUACCACCAGCUAAGCCGAUUAUGACAGAUGAAGACAAGAACAGCUUAGGCAGAGAAUUGGAGUCUUUGCUGGGAGAAUUGCCUGUACAUAUCAUUGAUUUCUUGAAAGAAAAAAGUUUAAAUGGUAGAGAUUGUGGAGAGGAAGAGAUCGAGAUUGAUAUUGAUGAUCUGAGUGAUGAUACACUGUUCACACUACGGAAGCUUUUGGAUGACUAUAGGCAAGAGAAGCAAAAGGAUAUUGCAAAAGCUGAACCAUGUGAAAUAGAGCUCUUAAAUGAUUCUGGACCUAGCAAUUCAUCAUUGCAGCCUUUUAAAGGUAAUGAUCUAGCUGAUGAGGACGUAGAAAUCGGUGGAAAUGAGCCCCCUGUAUCAAGCUGUCCACCUGUGGAGAGUGAAAAGGAUAGAACUUAUGGAAUUGAUCAACGUUUGAGCCCAGGAAGCUCCAGUGGUUCUAGUAGUUCCUCUGAUAGCGAAGCUGAUGAUUUUAAAGCAAGUCAAGCAAACGCAUCAGAGGUACCAGAAAAUUUGGGUUGUGAACCUCAGUUGGAUGAAAAGGCCAGUGUUGUUGAUACUCUUGAGAGACAACAAUCUGUAAGUGGGUUGGAUCAACUUGACGAUAAUUCUCAGCAAAAACGGAGUUCUUUUGAUUCAGACUGCUGUCAAGAUGGGGACAGCGGUCCAAAUGAGAGACAGGUCUCUCCUGAAAAACUCUAUCGAGUUGCUGUGUUAAAGAAUCGGUUUGCUGAUACCAUCUUGAAAGCCCGAGAAAAAACACUGGCACAGGGUGAGAAGGGGGAUCCUGAGAAAUUGCGCCAGGAAAGGGAAAAACUGGAGAUGGAACGUCGGAAAGAAAAGGCCCGGCUACAAGCAGAAGCAAAGGCUGCUGAAGAUGCUCGAAAGCAGGCGGAGGCAGAAGCUGCUGCAGAAGCCAGACGAAAGAGGGAGCUUGAGAGAGAAGCUGCACGCCAAGCAUUGCUGCAGAUUGAAAAGACUGUUGAAAUCAAUGAAAAUUCUCGCAUUCUUGAAGACUUGGAUAUGCUUAGAGCUGCGCCUGCUGAGCAAUUAGCAAGCUCUGUAGAUGUGACUAGUCCUGAUCACUCACGGGAUGGCCUGGGUAGUUUUAAGUUUGGGGGUGGAAAUCCCUUGGAACAGCUAGGAUUAUAUAUGAAAGUGGAUGAUGAUGAAGACGAUGGAGAGCCUCCUAGCAUUCCAAAUCCUGUAAAUGAUGUAGAAGAGGGAGAGAUUGAUUAAAUUAUGCUGAAUUUGUAAUCACUGAAGAAUGUAUGAGUGUAUUUCCCUAAAAAAAAAACGAAGAAUACAAGAGCAAAGUAAACUUAUCCGGGUCCUGAUGAACCUCUGGAACCAUUUGGUUCUGAUGAGUCAGUAAUCCAUCACAAAAUGGACGAAGCAUCUUUUCUUGUGGCAGCAUUCAGCCUCUGGAAGACACGAUAUUGAGUGUGCACUACAAAAGGGGCAGUAUGAACAGAAACGAAGGUCCUUUUGGCCCCAUCCCUUGUAGAAGGGCAGCAUACAUUAGCCUAGUUUUUGGCCCGAACGUCUCUUUUCUUGGUCUAGUUAAAUCUGUAUAAAAUAUAGUUAUUUAGAUUUUCAUGAUUAGGAACGACUGAUAAUGGAAGUAGCUCCAUGCAUGGAUAUGCUGUGUGCCUGUAUUUGUAAUAUGUUUGAUGUAUUUAUUGGGACAAUCUUGGUAGUUUGUCAGUUCCAUGUUCAGAGGACUCGUAAACGUUUCCGCAUGGUGAUUUAUUUCAGUGGAAUGAGGGCCGACAGGAGGACUGAGUUGACCCUUA